AUGUCUGUAGUUAAAGCGGAGUACGACUUUGAGGCGCAGCCGAACUCUGGUGAAAUGAGUAUAGCAAGCGGAGAACUGCUCACUGUUAUCCGAUCGGUAUUUUUUCCAACUUUUUUAAAGACAUUUUGCGAUUUUAUGUGUGGGAAAUUUUAUUAAUUACAGAACAUCGAAGGUGGUUGGCUGGAAGGUCGCAACAGCCGUGGCUCCGUUGGUCUGUUUCCAGAGACCUACGUUGUCCCUUACACUCCGCAAUUAGCGCAGCCGGUAAGUCGAAAAAACCAAAACUUACCUUUCGAAAAAGACAGCGGCGCUGCCUCGUUAAUAGACCAAGCGCACACGUAAUCGAAAAUAAUUUGGCUCAAUUCUCUUGCGCGAGUCCCAGGAGGACGUGUCCUCAUCGCUCCUUGCCCCAAUGUCAUUCCGACUCAUUUAUCUCAUCAGCCUGAGACAUACGGAGUUUUUCGCAUCACUUCUCGGUUGGAACUCGCCGCGCGAUGCUUUUCACCUCUAGUCUGCGUAAGGCCGUCGACCUCUACGACCAUCCGGCGGCCGCCGCCGUCGCUGCCACGGCCGACGACACGGCACGUCUUCUAGCGGAACGACGUCGCAAGCAGCUCAUUCGACGUCACACUUGCGGAACUUUGAAGCCGGAUAGUGCAUCGCGUGUUGUCGCCUUGGAUUCUCUUAAUACGAUUUCUGAAGAUGGACCGGGACUCUCUCAAGCUGAGGUCUUCGUUAUAGCCUGUUCUAAAACGGUAGUAUUCUUCAAAGACGCGAUACGUGCAUCCGUAGAUCAAAAAUUGAACAUCACCUCUUCGGCUAUCGAAAUAUCAUUAAACAUAUUCUUAGAGUAUGCGCAAAAAGACGCUGGAAAAGGGUAACUUGAAACUUUCGAAUUUGCCAUUAAUUGGUCGAAAAACUCUUUGAAGCUUUUCAUGAAAACAUUUAAUUAUUCGUUUCAAUUUUCUUUCGAGGUCGUCCGCUCUGUUUUUUAAUCGUCGAAACUAAGAAGCCGUUCAUAUAUUUUUUUUUUUCCACGUAAACUCGUCUCGUAACCGGAAGAAGGUUUUGGUCAAACUUGUGUCUGAAAUUUCGAGUGAGCUUCUUCGUGAGGUUUCGAAAUGUUUUGCAAGUGUUUUAGGACAGAUAUUAUCAGACAGCUCAAUUCAAGAAAUUUUCUAAAAGCAUACGUUAAGCUCAAAGUCCUGUCCUCCUAAACGUGUCUAAAAUAAUUUUCAAAGCAGAAUAAGGGCUUUCCUAGGAAAAAAAAAUACCAUUUUAAAACAAAGUGAGUUUCAUGUAUCCACCUUCAAUGUUUGAGGUGCCCCCACCGCCUCCGCCUUUUCACGCUGCGACCACUUCUUCGACUUCUUCUUUUUCAAAUGCUAGAAACCUGGAUGACUGGGGAACAACUUUUGGAUCGAAUACAACUCCGCCAUCCACACUUCCACAAAGUUUGUUUUUGUUUGCUUAAAACUUGAAAAUUGCAACACAUUUUUUUUUACUCUUUUGAAUUGUUUUUUUUUUCACCAUUUUUUGUUACUAUUCACACGAAAGACCAUUUCGAGUUGAAAAAUGACUGAUAAAUAUUUUAAGUUCCUUCGGCGCAAAACAGUGCAGCAGACGAUUUUGACGAUGAAUGGACUGAUGAUGACGAAGAACAGGCGGUCAGUUAUCUCCGUAUUCACGCUCUUUUUUGA